UUACAAAGUGACGAAAUCGCAACAGUUACGGCGCCGUGCGGUCAUUUAGUCGGUUUGCAACAUAACUACGCACCUGCACCUGUGGAGGGCGCGCUGACCUCACGUAAACGCAUCCAUUGCCAUCUUCAUACACUUCAUUUGGUCGAAUAGAACCCCAAGCGGGCCACCACACCCGUAAGCUCUCGGAGGUGUCAGAAGACGAUGAUCAGUUCUGCACGGUACACAUAAAAGCGCGUCCGUUUCCUGAGCGAAGCAAGACGAGGACAAAAGGAGUCGUGUGAAACUUAAAAUACGCCCAAAAACGACGCAGUUCGAACCGGCACAAUGGAGAAGAUCAAUACGCGCGGUUGCGUUUUCUCGCUACUCUACUCGGUCGGUUCGUUUGCACUGGCCACCGCCAGUCUGUCGUCCCUCAACCCGAGCGAUCGGAUAUCGGUGCAGAAGGGAGCUCUUCUGAUCAGUCUUGGGUUCGUGUACUUUGUGGCACUGACAGAGUUCCUCAACAAACUGCUGCUGAGGACGUCGCUAGGUCACAGCUUUGUGAAGCGCUACCGGUUACGGGUUACCGAUGUGCUGGAAAUUACGAAUAAGGUCGUCUCGGCAGUGCAAGCAGCCUUCUCCUGUCUGGCCGGUCUGUUCGUGUGCCGCUGGUCCUGUCCGAGAAACUUCCUACAUGCAUCGCAUUUCCUCUCGGAGUCAUACGCCUGGUUCGCCGCAUCGUACUUCUUCUACGAUCUCUGGUCGAUGUACAAAAUUUAUGCCGCCGAAGCGGCCAUCAAGAUUAAGGCCAAGCUUGGACUGCAGACGACGGUGCGCGACGGAGUGCGUGACCUGCGGAACGUAAACGGCGGUGCAGUGAAUGGCGAAAUGAGGGAGAAGCUCGGGGACGACGACGGUGGCCAGUUGCUAGCGCUGGACGACAUACCGAGUGUUGGCCGCGGUACGCUCUCGUUCGUUACUCCGUGCAAGCUUGGGAUUCCAAGCUUCGCCCGAUACAUCAUGUCGCAUCCGUUGAUGGUGUUCCACCAUCUUUUUAUCGGUUCGUACGGGCUCAUGGUCAUUUCGUUUCUUCGCGGAGGACUUGGUGACUGUGUGUUCAGCUUCAUGUACAUGAUGGAACUAUCCACGCCAUUCGUAUCGUUCCGGGGCAUUCUGAGCGUGAUGGGACUGAAGAAGUCAAAAGUGUACGUCAUCAACGGACUGGUAAUGCUGUUCACCUUCUUCUGGUGUCGCGUCUUCCUGAUGCCUUAUGUUUGCUACUACUACAGUCAGGUGGUAAAUCUGCCAUUUUUUGAGGCCGUGUGGAACUUGCCGUGGGGAUGCAAAGUCAGUAUUUUGGCACUAUUUCUCCCCCAGCUCUACUGGUUCCGGCUGAUGGUACGUGGCGCAUUGAAGGUAUUCUUCCCACCGAAUGGUGCCCGCAAGGGUAACGCGCCAGGCGGUGCCGCUUCCUGUGUAAACGAUGCAGCGGCGACUACCAACGGUGCUACCAUUAAACCGUCACAAUCCAAAGACAGUGAAAUACGCUCUUUAUUGUAAGAAAACAAAGCAACCAACGAUCAAUCAAAAGUUAAGUUUGAAAAGCGGCGCAAGGGAAUUGCUCGUGUGGCGGAAUGCGAGCAAAGCAGCCCGCGAUUAGCAAUACAGCGUAAGUGUUAUUUUGUGUGUAAUUGGAAUAUUCAGCAUGCGGUAUUCGAGCGCGAAAGAGCGCAAAAGUGCUUUUCGUUGCACGGUUCAAGAUCCCGUUUCCCGUUUUCGAAGGGUUUUAGCGAUUUAAACUAGCCAUUAAGUGCAAAGAAACAGGAAAGGAACGAGCGAAGACAAAGGAAUUCUUCCACGGAGAAUCGUCAACGCAUAGUAGGAUUCAGGUCUGUGCAGCUAUUUAGUUACCUAGUCAUAGUCAUUUUUUUUGUCCUGCAACACAACAUAGACGCACACACAAGAGUUAGCUGUAGAGCGUGGCGAUUGAAUCGUUCUUUACGUGCUUCCACAUGUAUCUUGCCUUCUUGGUUUGUAUCAUCCUUUAAACAGAACAUUCACGAGGAUCGGAUCGGAGACAUGAUGGUACAAUGUGCAGGAACCAAACCAAACCAAACUGUAGGCUGAUUGUGUAUCAGAACUACGAAAUACGUUACGCUGGACACAGACACCCGUAACUAACGCAACGAUCAUUGGCCAAUAUGUGCAAGUGAGACACGUAGAACUUUUUGUGCAUUUUUUCUACUGAGCCGAGGUGCGCACAACCUUUUUUGUGCGUAUUGUUAUUAAAUUAAUAUACAAGGAUUUCAUUCGGAAGCGCGCGGAACGUAUCGUGGUAAGAAAAGAACAUUCUACGAAACACGAAUAUUUGGUAGUAAUCCAGGGAAAAAGGACCCUAGAAAAGCGUAGGACUGAUCAGGAUUAAACCUAAAUCACUUAAUAACUGUUUAAUGGAGCUUUUGUAAUUAGUGUGAUGUGUUUACCCAAUUGUUAGAGAUGUACACCAGUGUACACCAUUUUGGGCAUUUUAUCAAACGAAGCAAACGUGCCGCACGGUCAAGGAAAUGAAAGAACGGUGCAUUUAAAGCCACAUAAAUCCGUAUUCAGCAGUUGUAUAACAAAAUGGUAACGUCAUUCCAGAUUGUUGUGCUUCCCUUCCCUGCGGGCUUUUUACAGUGUGAAGUAGUGAAACAAUUGGCAAAGAGAAAUAUACAGAAAGUGAUUCGUUCACGGAAAAGAUGAGCGCAAAGUUUUAGACAAAAAAGAAGCAUCUCUCUGGGAAACAGGGACGGCAGGCGCCCACGACAAGAAGCUACAUUCUGAUUGCGACUAAUAUUUGCACUUGAAGAGAAGCGAAACCGGAAGAAAAUUGUAAGAAUCAUACCAAAAUGGGGUGUUUGUGUACCAGUUUACAAAUAGAAAUAUAAUAUGUAUUGU